AUGCAAGGGAGAAUAACGCAGAAGGUUGGAUCGUUCGUGCGAACGAGCGCCCGCAAGGCCCACUCCGCCGCUCGCACUCGACCUCCUCCUCCGUCCACCUCGGAAUGGACGUCGUCGGCGCAGAACUUGUCCUUUGGUCCGCCGGGAGGCUCAAACCCCGCCAUGAGCUUCCCGUGCGUCACUCAAAAUGAGGUGCGGAACGCCAGGUUGCGAGCGGAGCGCCAACAGCAACGCACGUCUUCGACUUCCUCCUCCUCCGCCGCUUCGUACAACACCCUCGGCCCUUCUUCCCCCGCCGAAGCCUCGAGCGAAGACGAUCCAGAAGGACCAGAACCAGCCUACGCCAACGUCGUCACCGGCUACCAAGUCUACUACCACCGAAGACCGUUCGCACUCGACUAUGGCGGCCACCUCCCAUCCUUCGCCUUGGCAUACGAGACCUGGGGCACUCUGAACGCUUCCAAAUCGAACGCCGUCUUGCUCCACACCGGCCUCUCAGCCUCUUCGCACGCUCACUCGACACCCGCCAACCCAGCAGAAGGUUGGUGGGAGAAGUUUAUCGGGCCGGGCAAGGCGCUCGACACGGACAAGUACUUCGUCAUCUGCACGAACGUACUCGGAGGAUGCUACGGCAGUACGGGGCCGUCCUCGAUCGAUCCGUCGGAUGGGAAGCCCUACGCGACUCGCUUCCCCAUUGUCAGUAUCUUCGACAUGGUUCGCGCGCAGUUCGAGUUCCUCACCAGCCUGGGGAUCGAGCGACUCGCGGCCAGCAUUGGGAGCAGUAUGGGCGGGAUGCAGAGUAUCGCUGCGGCGUAUCUCGAGCCGGACAGGGUAGGGAAGGUUGUCAGUAUCAGCGGGACGGCGAGGAGUAGUCCCGCGAGCAUGGCGAUGCGGUUUGCUCAGCGCAGUGUCUUGAUGGCGGACCCGAACUGGAAGCGGGGCUUUUACUACGACGACUUGCCGCCUCAUACGGGCAUGAAGCUCGCGCGGCAAAUCGCCACCAUCACGUACCGCUCUGGACCCGAGUGGGAGCAGCGCUUCGGCCGGCGACGACGCGACCUCUCGCCUCACUCUUCCUCCCCCAACCCCUCACACAUCGCCUCUCCGCCCGUCCUCUGCCCCGAUUUCCUCAUCGAGACGUACAUCGACCACCAGGGCGAGCAGUUCUGCCUCAAGUACGACGCCAACUCGCUCAUCUACAUCUCGAAAGCGAUGGACCUGUUCGACAUGAGCCAGGAGGCUUUGGACGACCUCGAAGCGCGGAGACGAGCGCGAGACGCGGGCGCCCAGCCUUCCGACGCACUCUGCGCCGUCCCGCCUCCUCCCUCGGACCCAUCCCCUCCGAAGCGCCAGAAAGACCCGAAACCCUUCAUCUCCUCUCUCCCCUCCUCGCACGCCUACCUCCCCUCCCUCACGCGCGGCCUCGCACGGCUCAAGUCGCACCCAACGCUCGUCAUGGGCGUCCAGUCCGACACGCUCUUCCCCAUCGAGCAGCAGCGCGAGUUGGCCGAGUGCCUCAAGGCGAAUGGGAACCCGCAUGUCGUGUACUACGAGCUCAACCAGCCGUUCGGGCACGACACGUUCUUGCUCGACGUUACGAGCGUUGGCGGAGCGGUCAAGGCGUUCUUGGAGGGGGACUUCAAGGCGGAGCCGUGA